AUGUUUUAAUAAUCCUAGUUUAGCGAAUAAAAAAAUCAAUCAGGAUUCAAGCAAGGAGUGAACUAUAAUGAACAAGUUACUAAUAUGACCAUAAGAAUGAUGAAGAAACUCAAAAUAUCUGUAUCUGAUAAAAACGAGAUCCUUUUCCACGAUAAACCAAUCACAUUAAUUCAAGUUGUAGCUCGAGCAGAAUCAUCUUAAGAUAGCGAUGGCAAAGGAUCUAUAGUUAUUAAUGAUGAUAGUGGUUUUGAAAAAAUUAGUAUACUAUUUUCAGAAGGUGACUAUGUCAGAGAAAUGUUUAAUAUUGUAAAUAAUGAAGAGCCAAAAACAUGUUAUUUUUAAUUUUUGCUAAGAACUAGAAUUCGCAAAGAGGGUAUAUGCUUUGAUAUUAUGAACAUCAAAAAAGUAAAUCAAAUUGGUUAAGUAAUAUCGCAUAUGCUUAAUAUUAUACAAUAAACAAUUAAAUCUAAUCAUAUCAAAAAUCCAAAUUUUAUGUAAACAAGCACAUAAAUCGUAGAAGAGGAAUAAUUUAAACCUUCACAAUAAAGUUUGUCAGACAAGAUUUUAAAUUUUAUCAAAUAGUUUGGUGAUACUAGUAUCCCUAUGUAAAAGAUUAUUAAUAUGUUUUCAGAUCAACAUGGUUUAUAGGACAUUAAAUAAUCAAUAAGGCAAUUAUACGACAAUGGAAGCAUCUAGUAAGGAUAGGGUGUAAAUACAUAUAUGUUAGUUGAUUGA